AAAACAGCUGAUUUCAAUAAACAGUGACAGUCUACUUCAUAAAGACAAGGAGUCAUCUUGAUUUUCAUUGCCACCUGACAAAGACUUGGUUCGUUUGUUUGCCCUUGUGGGUACGAAUCGCACGAAAACGAAAUUUCUCGAAAGUUUUUUUUGCAAGAGAUAAUACAAAAAAACAAAAAAACAAAAAAAAAAAAAAAAAAAAAUUUGAAAAAUGGCGCAACACUCGCGCGUGAUGACCUUGUACAAAACGUUAUUACAUCUUGGAAAGGAAUAUCCUGGUGGUUACCCAUACUUCCGCAACAAACUGAAAAAUGCCUUUAUGAAGAACAGUAGUCUAAAAGAUCCAAAGGAAAUUGACUCAGCAAUAGCAAGAGGAGAAUUUGUUAUAAAAGAAUUAGAAGCACUCUAUAUGCUUAGAAAGUACCGUGCAUUGAAGAAAAGGUAUUAUGAAGAUUGAAGCUGUAUUUAGAGUUACCGAUACACAGUUAUGAAAUUACA